CACUGAUUAACAUGACUACUACCUUGAGAUUGGGUUCUGAAGCCCCAGAUUUCACUGCUGAGACCUCCAACGGAUCCAUUUCCUUCCACGACUUCAUUGGUGACUCGUGGGUUGUUUUGUUCUCCCACCCAGAUGACUUCACUCCAGUCUGUACCACUGAAUUGGGUGCUUUCGCCAAGUUGGAGCCAGAAUUCGCCAAGAGAGGUGUCAAGUUGAUUGGUUUAUCUGCCAACAAUGCUGACUCGCACAAGGCCUGGAUCAAGGACAUUGAUGAAGUCACUGGCUCUAAGUUGACCUUCCCAAUCAUUGCCGACCCAGAAAGAAAAGUCGCUCACUUGUUCGACAUGAUCGACUACCAAGAUGCCACCAACGUCGAUGACAAGGGUGUGCAGUUCACCAUCAGAUCUGUGUUCGUCAUUGACCCAAAGAAGAAGAUCAGAUUAAUUUUGGCAUACCCAGCUUCUACUGGUAGAAACACCGCCGAAGUUUUGAGAGUUGUCGACUCGUUGCAAACUGGUGACAAGUACAGAGUUACCACUCCUAUUAACUGGGUCCCUGGUGAUGAUGUCAUUGUGCACCCAUCUGUUUCCAACGAAGAAGCUAAGACUUUGUUCCCUAAGUUCAGAAUCAUCAAGCCAUACUUGCGUUUGACUCCUUUGGAAGUCAAGGAACAAUAGGCGAUGUGUUUGUAGUUUGAUAUGAAUAACACGAUAAAUUAGAUUG